AUGUACAAGUACACCAACAUCUCGAAACCCUUCUCCAUCCGCCCUCCCCAGGGUGGUGUUAACUGGAUUGAGAUUCCUGCUCUUGACGUGCCUACGCUUCAGCAAUUUUAUAAAUCAGUCUUCCCAUCUUGGCAGUUUGGCAACUCUGAGCGACACGACGAACAGUUCAUUUCGUUAUUCAAAAUCGAGGAGCCUGCUUACAUCGAAGGGGCUAUCAUCAAAGUGAAUGAUCACACUCUGACUUCUACGAAUAAUGGAACUGCUGAGGCGGUUGGCAUGACGGUGUACUUCCUUGUUGAUUCCAUCGCUGAGACUCAUGAUACGAUCAUGGGUCUCGGAGGAAAGCGAAUACUGGCAAAGACUGACGCCCGGGGUGACGGAUGGUACGCUAAGUAUCUCGACCCUUCUGGCAAUGCCUUCAGCAUCUACGAGGUGGCAUUUCAGACCUGA